GCUCUGAACGUGGUGGGAAUUGGGAAAGAUGGCGGAGGGUGAGGGGAAUAACAGUGCUAUAGAAGCGGAAGCCACAUGUGAAUCAGGCACUUCUGAUACUAACGUGAUACGAGUUUCAGUGAAAACGCCAAAGGAUAAGGAGGAGAUUGCCAUUGGUCCUACAGCUUCGGUUAAAGAGUUCAAAGAAGAAAUCUCAAAGAGGUUUAAAGCAAAUCAAGACCAGCUGGUUCUGAUCUUUGCUGGAAAGAUUCUGAAGGAUGGCGACACCCUAAACCAACACGGCAUCAAGGAUGGUUUAACUAUCCAUCUCGUCAUCAAAACGCCACAGAAGGCUUCCGAUGUCUCUGCUCCCCAGACUGCAGACUGUCCAUCUCCUGUAACAUUAGACGAGAGGAGUGGAGAUGAUUCUUCCCAAAGCACAGUGCCAACAACCAACACUACAGCAGCAACACCACCAACAUCAGUUAGUUCAACACCUGAAGCCUCAAUAUUGUCUGGCUUUGGUGGCAUUCCUGGACUUGGUAUUCUUGGCAUGGGCUCUGCCAACUUCAUGGAGCUGCAGCAGCAGAUGCAGAGGCAACUGAUGGCAAACCCGAAUAUGUUGACCCAAAUCAUGGAGAACCCCUAUGUGAGGAACGUAAUGUCCAGUCCUGAUGUAAUGAGACUUUUGAUCAUGAGCAACCCCCAGAUGCAGCAGCUAAUGGAACGCAACCCAGAGAUUAGUCAUAUGCUAAACAAUCCUGAAUUGAUGAGGCAGACUAUGGAGCUUGCUCGAAAUCCUGCAAUGAUGCAGGAGAUGAUGAGGAACCAAGAUCGUGCACUGAGCAACCUAGAAAAUAUACCUGGCGGGUAUAAUGCCCUUCGCAGGAUGUAUACUGACAUACAGGAGCCUAUGCUUAAUGCAACAAGAGAACAGCUUGGCAGUAACCCAUUUACUACGGCACCUGGAAGUACUGAUGCCGAUACUGCAACCUCACAGCCAUCCCGCACAGAGAACAGAGAGCCUCUUCCUAAUCCAUGGGUUCCAUCAGAACCAAGUUCCCCUCGUCAGGCUUCAGGUGGUGAAACAGCAACUGAAAGUACUUCCAACCAGACAGCAGCCACAGUAUCAAACCCCCUUGGAAUAAAUGCAGCAAAUUUAGGAACUGGUUAUGUUGAAUAACCCUUUGUUUGCUGGAAAUCCCCAGUUGCAAGAUCAGCUGAGACUUCAGCUGCCAGUGUUCCUCCAACAGAUGCAGAAUCCAGAAGCAGUGGCAGUCAUGACGAAUCCUAGAGCAAUGCAAGCCCUUCUUCAAAUACAACAGGGGCUGCAGACACUACAGACUGAGGCACCAGGACUCAUCCCGGGAAUUUCUCCUAUGGGAGGCCCUGGGGUAGUCCCCUCUGCAACAGGAAGAACAGACUCUGAAGCUGCAGCUACCUCUACCUCCACACCUGCUACCAGUGGCACAUCUCCAGCAGGAGUCAGUAGCUCGCAACAGCAGUUGAUGCAUCACAUGUUGCAGCUCCUCAGUUCUGGAAACUCACAGCAAAGUCCAGAGUUACGAUUCCAGAUGCAGCUGGAGCAACUGAAUUCCAUGGGGUUCAUCAAUCGAGAGGCCAACUUGCAAGCUCUUAUUGCCACAGAAGGGGACAUCAAUGCUGCUAUUGAAAGAUUGUUAGGAUCACAACCUUCUUAAUCAUGACUACAGCAGGACUUUGCAGAAUAUGAUCUUCCCUAUCCCCUUGCCAGCCCUUUUUAGGGACUUGAGGAGGUUGAAAUGCAACCUUCCUGUGGGGGGGUGGGGGUGGGGGGGUGGAAGGCUCAAACAUUUGAUUUAUGUCAUGUACUUCUGCAAGUCAUUUUUCUUUAUUUGUACCAGUUUCUCAUCACAGUGAUAUUGUUUUUAACACUAUUGACCUAUUCAAAUGAAAAUGGUCUUUGGGUAGGGAAGUUUUGAACUACUUUACUUGUAUUUAAAUGCUUGUGGCUCUGCAGUUAAGAAAAUCUUAUCUUUGUUUAGGUAAGAUUAUCUUGGUAGUGUUUGAAAAGUCAUCUGAAUUUAUGAAGUAGAAUUGAAUAGAUACCAUCUUUGUCUCAUUCCCUUGCUCAAUGUUAGGUUGGUUGUAUUUAUUCUAACCCCUCAGCAAAAUAGUGGAGUGACAGGAAUUAAAUGAAAACUUUUCACUAAAUAUCUACAAUGAGCAUUGUAGCUUAACGUAAUUUUAAGUAUUUUUUUUUAAACGAGACAUUGCUGAAAGGACAGCAUCAGGUUUACAAUUUGCACUGAACUGUUACCAGUAGUAUCUUAAGGUCAUUUGACAGUAAAUGUGCAGUGUUAGCUGACCUGUUCCUCCUUUGGUCUGUAGGGAGGUGGAUGGUCGUAAAUAGACAAGGCUUUAGUCCUAAAAAGGAAGUAUCUAGAUAAUGUUUCUUUCAUAACUUCCAUAUGGCAUUAAAAUAUAUUUGUUAAGCAGUAGAACUAUCUUUCUCAUGCUGUGUUUCUGUAUUGACACCUGCAGUGAUGGCAUUCUAGGGGUAGUACAGCCAGGACAUUUUACAUGUGCUAAGGGGGGAGGGGUAUUAUUAUUAUUAUGAGGAGAAUGUUUUUCUUCAGCUUAGGAGAAGACAAGUUAAAAGUUCAAACCCUACCAAAGCUGCAGAGUACUGUGCCUUUUGAGAGGUCACUGCAAGGACCAAAUCAGAAGGACUUAAGAUUUGUGAAGCUCUGUUAAUGAGCCUUUUUAAUAGUGGAAGACAUUCCUGGGGUUCUUUCACCCUCACUAAAAAAUUGCAUGUUAACAUAAAGCCAUCCACUCACAACCGUGCCCAUCCUGCCUGCCAGAAAGCAGCACAAUAUUAAGAGAAAAGUGAAUGCAAAAAAUUGUUUCCUGUCACCUGAAGGAAAAAUGCUUUGCACAUUGAGUGCAGCAUGGUGUAUAUAAGAACAUAAAGUAUCUGCAGUUUCAUGUUACUCUUUGUUUUUAACAAACCCGAUACGAGUCCCUCACCAAAAGUGUGAAGUUAGCAGUCUUUUGGGAGCAGCAGUGUCACUAUUACUGGCAGGACGGUUAAUACAAAGAUCCUUAUCGACAAAAUUAGAGCUGUUUCAUUCUGUACUUGUGAUCAGUACCUUUGAUAAUUGGCCCAGUAGUUGUACAAACUACCUGUUAUCACUUCAUUCUUAGAUUUUCAAGUUAUCUGCUGUGAUAAGUCCAUUAGACACCCUGCUAAUAAACACAGUUAUCUGAAA